AUGUUCCUGAAGGUAGCCGCAUUGGCAUUAAAUAAGCAAGUACCUCUGGGUAUCAAAGGACGAAUGCUGGAAGUUUGUUCUUGGAACGUAAAUGGUAUUCGCUCUUUUGCGAAACCGUUUAAGUCCCACCUUGAUAUGCUUAAUGCUGACAUAAUCCGCCUUCAGGAGACAAAGGCCGGAAACUACAGUCGUGUAGCCGGCUACGAUGCAUAUUUCUCUGCUUGUAAAAAAAGACCCGGCUAUUCAGGCGUUUGCGUCUUCUGUAGAGAACCCCUUAGGCCGGUUCAGGCCUAUGACGGUUUACGUGACAAGCAUAUCGAAAUCGACAAUGACCUUGAUGCUGAAGGGCGGGGAGUUAUUGUACAGUUCGAAACAGAAAUCUAUGGGAAAUUGCUUUCCAUAAUCAAUGUAUACCGUCCGCGUGUUGAUCCAGAAGACGAAGGGCGUGCUAAAUACAGAGAACGUUUCUUAAAGCUUUUAGAAUUUGUUAUUUCUAAGCUGAUAGCAGAUGGGAGUCUUCCCCAUCCAAUUCGACCGGAAGCCUUCACUUGUUGGAACUUGCGAAAUGGUGCGGGCAAAACAAACUAUGGUACUCGCAUAGACUACAUUUUUUAUGACAAAGAGCUCGCAAACCUUCUGCCUACCUGUGAAGCUACAGCGGACAUAAUGCCAGAGGUCGAGGGCUCGGACCACUGUCCGGUAUGGGCGGUUCUCCCUCUCACCCUGCCCGCCAAUGCCAACUUACCAUUGCCACCAUUGUGUUCCCACUUCUGGCCUCAGUGUCAAAAACGUCAGUUGCUGUUGCUAAGUUUUCUGAAGAAGGAUGAGGAGACCGGUGUAUUUAUUGAGGUCACUGUUGAUGGUCGCGUCAAUCCGCUGAGCGAUGCACAUAAAUGCAGGAGGCUUAAGCAGACGCGUCUUGAUUUUUGUCACGGGGAGCCCUGCGUCUGUCACCGGGUCAAGCCAAAAAGUUCGCAGCACAGGGGUCACGAGUUCUGGGUCUGUGCUCGACCUGUAGGGGCACCCGACAAUCUUCUUGCUCGAUGCAACACUUUCAUAUGGAAGUAG